UUAAUCAGAUAAACUGAGAUCUUAUGUCAAGAACCAGUUUUCAAGUUUUGACACUUGGCAUAAGUUAGCAAGGCAUCCCAGUGUUUGCUUGUUAUCUAGUUAGUCUCUCUCUCUUUCUUUCACACACUCACACUGUUUUAUUUACUUACUUCAUUGGGUUGGUCACCUCUUGUCCACAUAAGAGCUGCAGUGAGUGGCACACCUCACACAGUUGGAGCUGGAGCAAGUGUUAGGAGCCAACCGCACAACAACUCGUAUCCUGUAGCGUGAAAAUGAACUGGGCUUUUCUUCAGGGCCUCGUCAGUGGCGUCAAUAAAUACUCGACAGCUUUCGGUCGCAUAUGGCUGUCCGUGGUUUUCAUCUUCCGUCUGCUGGUGCUGCUGGUGGCUGCUGAGAAGGUGUGGGGUGAUGAGCAGAAGGAGUUCGACUGUAACACCAGAGAGCCAGGCUGCCACAAUGUCUGCUAUGACCAUUUCUUUCCCAUAUCUCCCUCUCGCCUGUGGGCACUCCAGCUCAUCUUUGUCACAUGCCCUUCUCUCCUGGUGGUCCUGCACGUGGCAUACAGGGACGACCGUGAGCGGAAGCACCAGCAGAAGUACGGUGAGGACUGUCCUCAUCUCUACACAGACACCAGCAAGAAGCAAGGGGGGCUGUGGUGGACAUAUCUCUUCAGCCUCAUAUUCAAGAUGGCAGUGGACGCCAUGUUCAUCUUUCUUGUGUUCUACAUCUAUGAGGCCACCUUCUUUCCGUUGCUGGUGAGAUGUCAAGAGGCUCCCUGCCCUCAGGUGACUGACUGCUACAUCAGCCGGUCUACAGAGAAGCGUAUAUUCACCAUCUUCCUAGUGGUGGUCAGCUUGGUCUGUAUCCUGCUGACCUUUUGUGAGAUACUCUACCUCAUUUUUAAGCGCUGCCAUGAAUGUGUCGUGUCGUACAAACUCAACAAACAUGACAGACACAAUGCUUUGACCUCUUCGCAGGCUAUAAGACAUAAUCAGGAUAACAUGAUGGAGAUGUCAUUGGUCGACAAAGCUAACAGCCAUUCUACAACUAAAAAUAUGAGUGCUCCUGCGUACAGUGCAGCCAUCUCAUAAAUGACCAACAGAGAUUUGAUUGAAUAUUGAAUAUUAUAUUCAUCAAUGUUUCAUAAGAAUGCCUUUUUUUUGUCUAAUGUCUGAUGUAUAAGACUAUACUUUUAUCCAGUUUCUUGAGCUUGCUUUACUUGUUUAAGUUCUAGUUUAUUUUAUUAAAAGCAGAAUGAUUAAAUGCAUUGAUACCGGUUUUGCAUCUGAUGUUGUACAGUAUAUCAUAUUAUUUAUAGAUCUACUGUAAUAAACACUGUUUGUUUGGUGUUCCACAUGUUCCCACUGUGAUGAUGUUGCUCUCCAGUUUUCUCCCAAUGUCCAAAAACAUGCUGAAAUUACUCCUAGGUGUCACUGAGUGUGCUCUGUAAUAAACUGCAGUAAAUUCCCCUGCUUCACACCCAGUGUUCCUGGGACACUGCCUCCAGAUCCACCACAACCCUGACCAAGAUGAAAAUGUAUGACUGAAGAAUGUAA